UCAGGCCCUGUUACCUAUCUGGAACAAAUAGCCGCUAAACGAUCGAACCCGAGUGUGAUCACGAGCACCCCCGUUCCUGUGAUGCCAGCACCUAUAAUGACAACACCCCCGCCACCGAUUGAGAACCCUGCAAGGUUGAACGAAUCGACCGCCAUUUUAGAACUGACCAAAACACUAGUUAGCCUGAUCCAAGAAAGCAAAAAGGAACAACGAGAGCAUAAUGCUCGGUUGGAAACCAUGAUGAGGAAUAUGCGGCCCAUCGCAGUACGCGCCGCCCCGAUCCAACAAGGAUUGGCUCCGGCACCUGUUCUCAGAGGGGCCGCGAGCAAUCUGAAAGUCUGUUAUGCAUGCCAUCAGCCUGGGCAUCUAGCUCGAGAUUGUCCCCAUCGACCCCCACAACCGAGGGUCGGGGUCGCUUCAAUGGCAGCGGCUCCCAUCGCUAACGGACCUGGACGGGUAGGAGCCCUGAUGGACGAAAUGGAAGGAGGGAGUGCGAUAACCACCACGGAAGAGGUCGCCGAGCUCAUCCCGUUAGACCAGUAUGUAUCGCUUGGUUAUCCGGGGCUUGGAAUGAUUGGAACGAUCAGACCUGCGCCGGCACAAAAAGAAGUGGCGGAAUGGCGACCUUCUCCAAGAGAGAUGGAGUCGGGAGGACCCACCUUCGUCACUGGAGAAAUCGACGUGUUGAACAUCAUCCGAGCCUUGGACCAUCGGAUUCCACUUCCGAUCGGUCAUUUGCUCUCGAUCUCAGAACAAGCCAAUGAGCGAAUGCUACAGCACUGCAAGGCGAACCGAAAGCGAUCCCCCUUCGCCCGAACAGCGAACGCGAAAGCUAAAAACCCCACGCCAGACGAAAAUGUAGAUGACGCUUCGGAUCCGAUACGGGUAGGAUUAAUCCAGAAAGACGAUCAUUUCCUGCGGAUUAAACCCAUCCCUUGGAAAUCUGCGGAAUGCGACAUUGAGAUAUGGGGAAUUCCGUACAAUGUCAUCAUCGAUUCGGGAGCUGCUGUUUUGGCUAUUUCGCUACGGGUAGUUCAUAGGGCGGGCAGGAGAAACGAUCUAAUCAUGCUUACGAAAAAGGAUCAGCUCGUUUUGGCAGACGAAGAAAAGAUCAAAACAGUGGGACGAAUGACCAAUGUCGCUUUUCGAUUAGGAAAGGUGCAUGCGUUGGGAGAUGUCGUGGUGUUAGACGUAAACACUUACGAUGUCCUUUUCGGCCUCCCCGCUCUUGUGGCGUUACGAGCAAAUCUGGACUUCGAGCGACGGUCGAUUAUCCUCCGAAAUACGGGAGGAAAACCCUAUGCUGUACCUAUGAGGCUGACUCUUCUUACUACCACCAACACAGUCCCGCGAGUCUCUCCGAUGAUAGUGGGAACUCUUCGCAUGAUCACUUGGGAAAACUCCGCAGACGAUGAGCCAUUAUCAAAGGAUGUGGAUAGCAAUGACGAAAAUGAUCCGUCUGGUGUCCAUCCUCGCCUCUCCUUCUAUCUGGAGCCGCUCGUUGUCCCUCUUCUCGAUCCCGCGCAGUGGAGGCGCUGGCGUGAACACUUCGUCGACCUAUCGGUGUGCCUGUUCGGGGUGCGAAUCACAUGGACCAAGGACGAGGAACAUCGCGAGUGGUUUGAGUACUUGGAGUUGAUGAUCGUUCAAGCUUGGAGGACCGACGUGGAAGGCGAUCUUCUCGGAUUCCUGUUCGGAUCGGUGUGCCCCAGUCAUCGCCAGCCGAUCACCUUAGAGCUGACGGUCCCCCUUGCACAGUUAGCAGACGAUCUCCCACUUGAGAUCGUCUCGCAGAGUGACGACAGUCCGGUUCCGCAUGUCCUCACGCGAACUCUAACGCCGUAUCUUCAGUGGUCGGCGUGCCUGGAGGAGCCAGGAACCAGCCGCAACCCGCCGUCGCAGCGGGAUUAUCUGGACCCACGGGAGAUCAUCGAUCUCGACUUCUUCCAAGAUCGGGCGGCCUCCGAGGACGAAGAAGUAGAGAUCGAAGAAGAGAGCGCCGAAGAAGGAGAAAAGGCCGUUGAAGAAGACGAGGAAGAAGAAACCCCGGAGGAAGGAAGUUACAGUGAGCACAGUGAGGGAGAGCAAAGUGAAGAAGAAGAAGAAGAGCAAGACGAGCUGGAAUUAGAGGAGUCUGAGUGGGAGAUCUCGGCGGAGGAACUCGAGCGAACAGAAGCGCAACAGGCAGAAGACCCCGAGGCGGUGCGUAAAAGAGGGGAGAUCGCAGUCGAAAAACGACAGCUGGAAUUUGCCAGCGGAGCCAACCUGCAGAUCGUCGACGAUCCGGCCCGUGAUCUCGAGCCGCCCAAGCCCGAAGAUGGGGACCCAGCUGCCGAGAUUUCAAGCGCACCGGCAAGAUGGCGACGAAGCCGAUCACCCUCCCCCUCCGCCUCUGACCGUCCAUCAGUUCGAGCCCGUACUGAUAUGGGGCAUCGGGCUUCGUCCCCAGUCGUUAUCCCGCCGUCCCCUUGAUUACCUCACCCUCCACCAAAUCACCACCCGCGUCACCUUCCCCCAUAAC